UCAUCUGAAAGAAAGGAGCCUAGAAAACCAGCCUAAAAAUUUGUGGGAAGUUGUAUUCAUCAAUAACAAAGCACAGACUAAGGAACGAGAUACCUCUUUCAAAGGUGAAUCAGUAUGAAUUUAGAGAUUGUGAAAAAACCUUAUGUGUGAAGCCUACCCUUUUGAAACAUCAUGAGGUACAAAUGAAACAUUAUGAACAUAAUGGAAGUGGAAAUAAUUUGAAGAGGAAGUUUUAUCUCUUACAACUUCAGAAAAUUCAUAAAGGAGAGAAACACUUUGAAUGUAAUCAAUGUGGGAAAGCUUUCUGGGAGAAGUCUCAUCUCACUCGCCAUCAGAGGGUUCACACAGGAGAGAAACGCUUUCAGUGUAAUAAAUGUGAGAAAACUUUCUGGGAGAAGUCAAACCUCACUAAACAUCAGAGAUCACACACAGGGGAGAAACCUUAUGAAUGCAGUGAAUGUGGGAAAGCCUUUAGCCACAAGUCUGCCCUCACGUUACACCAGAGAACACAUACUGGGGAAAAACCAUAUCAGUGUAAUGCAUGUGGGAAAACUUUUUACCAGAAGUCAGAUCUCACUAAACAUCAGAGAACACACACAGGGCUGAAACCCUAUGAAUGUUAUGAAUGUGGGAAAUCCUUCUGUAUGAAUUCACACCUUAUAGUACAUCAAAGAACUCACACAGGUGAGAAACCCUUUGAAUGUCUUGAGUGUGGAAAAUCCUUUUGUCAAAAGUCACAUCUUACACAGCAUCAGAGAACUCACAUAGGGGAUAAACCCUAUGAAUGUAAUGCUUGUGGGAAAACUUUCUACCACAAAUCAGUACUCACAAGGCAUCAGAUAAUUCAUACAGGGUUAAAACCUUAUGAAUGUUAUGAAUGUGGGAAAACCUUCUGCUUGAAGUCAGAUCUCACAGUACAUCAGAGAACUCACACAGGGGAGAAACCCUUUGCAUGUCCUGAAUGUGGGAAAUUCUUUAGCCAUAAGUCAACUCUCUCUCAACAUUAUAGAACACACACAGGGGAGAAACCUUAUGAAUGUCAUGAAUGUGGAAAAAUUUUUUAUAAUAGAUCAUACCUAACUAAACACAAUAGAACACAUACAGGGGAGAAACCCUAUGAAUGCAGUGAAUGUGGAAAAACCUUUUGUCAGAAGUCACAACUCACUCAGCAUCAGAGAAUUCACAUAGGGGAGAAACCCUAUGAAUGUAAUGAAUGUGGGAAAGCUUUCUGCCAUAAGUCAGCUCUAAUUGUACACCAGAGAACCCAUACAGAAGAAAAGCCCUAUAAAUGUAAUGAAUGUGGAAAAUCUUUCUGUGUGAAGUCAGGACUUACUUUACAUCAGAGAAAACACACAGGGGAAAAACCCUAUGAAUGCAAUGAAUGUGGGAAAUCCUUCAGCCACAAAUCAUCCCUCACAGUACAUCACAGGGUUCACACAGGAGAGAAAUCUUGUCAAUGUAGUGUUUGUGGGAAAAUCUUUUACCGUAAGUCAGACCUUGUGAAACAUCAGAGAUCACACACAGGGGAGAAGCCCUAUGAAUGUAACAUAUGUAGAAAAACCUUCUCUCAAAAGUCAAACCUCAUUGUACAUCAGAGAACACACACAGGAGAAAAUGUUAUGAAUGAAAUGAGUAUCAGAAAUGUUCAGUCACAAGUCGGCCUCCACAAUACUUCAGAGUAUUCAUACUGUGGUGAAAGCUCUUUUGACAUCCUGAAUGUUCAGUAACCUUCAUUCAUAAACUGGCCUUUUUUUUAUCCUAAAGUAGUGUUAGGGGACAAACUCAGGCUGCACAAAUAUAGAACAGCGUUUGUUAAGAGGUGACAUUUCAUUGGAUGUCAGGUAUAAAACCUUGCAGAUUUUUUUAAUUUGUAGAAGUUUUUAGCAAAUAUCAGAGUUUGUAUUGAGAAAUUUGUCAACUUAAGGAAUAUAAAUUGUAAAUUUUUGCUUAGAAAUAAUGUAACAUUACAAAUUGUAUUUUGGGUUUGAUGCCAUAAUUUUCUUUAGGAAAUACAGCAAAUAGUAAUUUAUAGAUGUACGUUGUGGAAUGUAAAGCCUUAAAAACGUUUUUAAAAAGUAAUAAAAAAUAUAGUCACAAGAA